GCCGAGCCGGGCCGCAGGCAUGGAGACCCGCUACAACCUCAAGAGCCCGGCUGUUAAACGUUUAAUGAAAGAGGCGGCAGAAUUGAAAGAUCCAACAGAUCAUUACCAUGCACAGCCUUUAGAGGAUAACCUUUUUGAAUGGCACUUCACAGUGAGAGGGCCCCCAGAUUCUGAUUUUGAUGGAGGAGUUUAUCAUGGCCGAAUAGUACUUCCACCAGAUUAUCCCAUGAAACCACCAAGCAUAAUUCUACUAACGCCUAACGGACGAUUUGAAGUAGGGAAGAAAAUCUGUUUAAGCAUCUCAGGACACCAUCCUGAAACUUGGCAGCCUUCAUGGAGUAUAAGAACGGCUCUGUUAGCCAUCAUUGGUUUUAUGCCAACCAAAGGAGAGGGAGCCAUAGGUUCUCUAGAUUAUACACCUGAGGAAAGAAGAGCACUUGCCAAAAAAUCACAAGAUUUCUGUUGCGAGGGGUGUGGUUCUACAAUGAAGGACGUCUUGUUGCCUUUAAAAUCUGGAAGUGAUUCAAGCCAGGCUGACCAAGAAGCCAAGGAACUAGCUAGACAGAUCAGUUUUAAGGCAGAAGUUAAUUCAUCUGGAAAGACAAUGGCUGAGUCAGACAUAAAUCACUCUUUUCCAAUAAAUGACUUACAGGAUGAUAUGGCAACAACAUUUCAAGGUUCUGAAGCCAGUACAUCGUAUGGAGUCCAGAACCCCUCAGGAGAAUCUCUCCAACAAGCUGCCCAGCCUGGAGCUAAGAAUACGUCUCUGAGUCCUCGACAGCGCCGGGCCCAGCGACAGAGUCAGAGAAGGGUGUCUGCUUCUCCAGAUGUGAUCCCGGGUCAGCAGCCAAGAGAGAACCGCACUGAUCAUGGUGGCUCAGCUGUACUGAUCGUCAUCUUGACUUUAGCACUGGCUGCUCUUAUAUUCCGACGGAUAUAUCUGGCCAAUGAGUACAUAUUUGACUUUGAGUUAUAAUAUUGUUUUGUGUCUUGAGAGCUGUGACUCAACUGCUUCAUUAAACAUUCUGCAUUGGGUGUAAUCUGAGAA